AUGCCGCGCGACCAGGAUACCAAGCGACGCACGCGUCUCGUGGACGAAGAUGACGGAGACACGGUGGAGUUCACCACGUCCAAGGACAUCACCGUCUACCCCACGUUCGAGGCCAUGGGGCUCAAGGAGGACCUUUUGCGAGGCAUCUACUCGUACGGCUUCGAGAAACCCUCGGCCAUCCAGCAGCGCGCCAUCAAGCCGGCUAUCCAGGGCCGGGAUCUGAUCGCCCAGUCGCAGUCGGGAACGGGCAAGACGGCCGUCUUCUCCAUCUCCGUGCUCCAGUCGCUGGACACUUCCAGCAAUGAGACGCAGGCGCUGGUGAUUUCGCCCACCCGCGAGCUGGCGGAGCAGACGCAGAAGGUCGUGCUGGCCCUGGGAGACUUCAUGAACGUGCAGUGCCACGCGUGCAUCGGCGGCAAGAGCGUGGGCGAGGACAUCCGUCGCCUGGACUUCGGUGUGCAGGUGGUGUCGGGCACGCCCGGCCGCAUCUUCGACAUGAUCCGCCGCCGCAACCUGCGCACGCGCAACAUCAAGAUGCUGGUGAUCGACGAGGCCGAUGAGAUGCUGAACAAGGGCUUCAAGGAGCAGAUCUACGACAUCUACAGGUACCUGCCGCCGUCGACGCAGGUGCUGCUGGUGUCGGCCACCAUGCCCCAGGAGGUGCUGGACUUGACGCGCAAGUUCAUGAACGAGCCCGUGAAGGUGCUGGUGAAGCGUGACGAGCUGACGCUCGAGGGCAUCAAGCAGUUCUUCGUGGCCGUGGAGAAGGAGGAGUGGAAGUUCGACACGCUCUGCGACUUGUACGACACGCUGACCAUCACGCAGGCCGUGAUCUUCUGCAACACGAAGCGGAAAGUGGACUGGCUGACGGCCAAGAUGCGCGAGGCCAACUUCACCGUUUCGGCCAUGCACGGAGACAUGCCGCAGAAGGAGCGCGACGCUAUCAUGCAGGAGUUCCGCUCGGGCGGCUCGCGCGUGCUCAUCACCACCGACGUCUGGGGCCGUGGUCUGGAUGUGCAGCAGGUGUCGCUCGUCAUCUGCUACGACCUGCCCAACAACCGCGAGCUGUACAUCCACCGCAUCGGUCGCUCCGGUCGUUUCGGCCGCAAGGGUGUGGCCAUCAACUUCGUCAAGGACGACGACAUCCGCAUCCUACGCGACAUCGAGCAGUACUAUAGCACGCAGAUCGACGAGAUGCCCAUGAACGUGGCAGAUCUCAUUUAG